AUGAAUGAAAUUUUAUUCUUUACAAGUCUUUUGGCUUUAGUGAUUCUUUUCAAUUACAAAGGAGCUAAACAUCUUUUUGAAACAAAAUUUGGACAAGUCAUUUCCCUUUGCCAGAAUACAAAAGGCACUGCUGGAGAAAACAAGACAAGUUAUGGCAAUGACAAUGGUGAAAAUAAAGCUAAAAAAGGUUCGUAUGGUAAGAAUGAGUCUAUUCCUAAACCAAAACCAUUGAUGAUAACCCCAGAAGAGGUUGCGCGCUAUGAUGAUCGACCAUGGAGACCGUUUAGAUGGCCCUACCAUCAAACAAUGUCGAUUUUUAAGUUAGACAUGGAUCACUGGUUGGACAUGGACAAGUACUAUCAACAUUACAUCGACGAGAAGAAACGUAUAAGGUUGACGUACGGCAAGGAGAACUUUGAUUGUUUGCCGGAAGGGUACGAUGCUGCUGUCGAAUUGAUGGAGACAGUAGUUGACCAUAUGAUUUUAAGAUACCCAUUGCUUUUUACAGUUUUGAAAAACGGCGAAUGGACAAAGCAAGGUAAAAUUAUCAAGAAUGAAAUAACUCAAGAAGUACUUGACAUGACCAAACCAUUGAAGCAAGAUCCUUUGGUGUAUGUUUCUAAACUAGCAAAAGAAGACUUUUAUGUUGUGAAGCGCAAUGAAUCAGAUGGCAAACACUAUUUAGUUGCAGCAGCAGUUCCAUUUCCAGGUGGUUCAUUUGGAAUCAAUCAAAAAAUUGGCAGGAAUCUUGAUGUUAUCCAUACUGAUGUUCCAUAUUACGAAACCAAGUUGAAGAAAUCAAUGGAGCGUUGGUUUGAAAAAAUGAGACCUGAGGACCCAGUGGAGAGGGCUAGCUGGUAUAUCACAUGGGAUACCAAGCUUAAAGUCAAUAACAUUUACCAAGUUCCCGAGUUUAAACCUAAUUUGGACCUUGAAAUUAAAGAUACCGAUCCACGUGAAUUUAAUGUACGUGUUGAAAGACAGACAUUAAGGCGUUUACCUAAAUCGCAGGCUAUAAUUUUUACAAACCAUCCAGUCUUUUAUUCCAUUGAAGAGAUGAAGGACGAGCCAAUGAUUCCAUCACUUUUAAAGAAAAUAUUGUACGAAGGGCCAGAGGACAUUUUAAAGUACAAAAAUUUUCAAAAGAUACGUGAUCACUUAUCUCCUUACUUGGAUUCCUUGAUAAAGAGGCAAUUGGAAUUGGGUAUCAUCAAUGAGGACACUCCAUUAAAGACUCAACCAAAUUAUCCGUUUGCCCAUUGGGUGAAGGAUAAUUUGAAUAGAAGCGAUAGCGAAGGGUGGACCAACCCAAGCCCGGUUUAUAACAAGUCAGAUCUAAAGACCAAAAGUUUCGACCCAAAUAAGCUUGCCGGAAAUGAGUAA